AGCAAGGUAAAGUUGGAUGUAAUUAAACCCUGGAUAACAACAAAAAUAACUGAAAUAAUUGGUAUUGAAGAUGAUGUUAUUGUUGAAUUUGUUUACAAUCAAUUGGAGGAGAAGUAUAAGUAGAGACCGUUGCUGAGGGCUUCAACCCUUAUAUCCAAAUGGCAUUCAUGUGAUCAACUCGAUCAUCCGUAACUUCCCGGUGGUGUACAAUUGUCUUCAUCAUUGCUGUGACAUACUGAGUUGUCAUAAACAACAUAAUCCUGUCGACAUCAUUCAACAACAACAGCAGCAGCAGCAUCAGUCAUCAUCAUCAACAAUCUUCAACUGGAGUCUUUCCUUAAAGACUAACUUCAACAUCAUCAACAUCGUCAUCAUGAUCAUCAUCAACUACAAGACAUCAAAUGGCAUUGUCAUAAAAUGCCAAUCAACAUUCAUCACCUGUUCAUCACUCAGUAAUUUAUUUGUGACAUAAAUUCACAAAUUAAAACUGAGAAUCAAUCUGGAUAUUUUUCAUUAAUUUGAAAAUUGGAUAAAUGAUGAUUAUUUGGAUAAAAAUAAAUGAUAUUUAUUUUUAAUCAUCUUGAUGUCAAUCUUGAUGUCAAUCAACAUGAAUUUGGCUGCUGUAAUUCAAUCAACUCAACAGCUGCUGUAUUGUAUCAUCAGCAUGUUAUUGUAUCAACAACAAACAACAACCACAUGAUGAUGUAUCAACUCACGAUGAUGACAACAUCAUUUAUCGCAUGAUUGUCAUUUCAUGCAUGGAGGUAUUGUCAAGCAAUUGUUGUCUAUAUUUGACAUGAAUUACAAUCGAUUAUUAUAACGAUUAUUAAUUUAUGUCGAUGUGACAGUAUCCAGAUCCAAGAAAAAUGCAAAUUAAUUUAACUGGUUUUUUGAAUGGAAUUAAUGCAAGAUCAUUUAUGGGUGAAUUAUGGGAUCUUCUUGUUUCUGCCCAAGAAAAUGUCAGUGGUAUACCAGAGGCAUUUUUACAGCAAAAAAAAGAUCAAAUUAAAAAACGUUUGGAAGAACAAGAAAAACUUCAGGCAUUGGCAAUUAAAGAAGAAAAAGAAAAAGAUGAUAAUGAUAAAUUAAAAAAAGAUGAUAGAGAUCGUGGAAGUUCAAAGGAUAGAAAACGUGAUCGUAGUCGUGAACGUGAUAGAGACAGUAGAAGCAGAAGAAGUCGUUCUAGAGAUCGUCAUCGUGAUCGUGAUCGUUCAAGUCGUAAACACAAAUCAGUAUCACCAAAUAAAUCACCCAGUAAAUUAUCAUCAAAAGAUAAUGGAAAAACAACGUCUGAUAAUAAAACACAAAAAACUGAUACAGCACAAAUUGAUAAUUCAGUAGCUGUAUUACCAAUUAAAACAAAACCAGAAGCAGCUGUUGCAAUAUCACGAUUACAAGCAAAAUUAAUGAGUAUUGCUGAUGGUAAAAAAAAAAAUAAUAAUCGUUCACCAUCACCUGAACAAGAAGAUAAAACAAUCAAAAAAACAUCAUCAAAAUCACCAUCAAGAGUUAAAAAAUCACAUUCAAAAUCACCGAUAAAUAAAAAUCAACGUGCAUCACGUUCACCAAUUAAAACACGUCGUACACGUUCAAAAUCAAAACAACGUAAAUCACGUUCAAGAUCUAAAACAACAAAACGUUCAAAAUCAAGAUCAAUUGAUACAAAAUCUAAAACACGUAAAUCAAAAUCACGUUCAAGAUCAAAAUCACAAUUACGUGGUAUUAAAAAAUCAAGAUCAAAAAGUUUAAUACGUAGUAAUAAAACAAGAAAAUCAAGAUCAAUAUCAAGUGAAUCAAGAACAUCAAAAUCACGUUCAAAAUCACCAAUAAAUAAUAAACGUAAUAAAGAACAUUCUAAAAGAAAUCAUAGUACAAGUACAGAUACAGAUAGUGAUGGUGAUGAUAAACGUGGAAAGGAUAAUAAAAAUGAUUUUGAAAUACGUAAAAAAAAAGAUGGUAUACAAGCUAAAAGAUCAUAUAGAAAAACAAAUAAAGAUGAUAGUGGUAGUGAUACUGAUUCAAGUCGUGAUCGUAAAACUGGAGGUAGAAGACGUAGUAUUACACCAAGAAGAGAUCGUGAUAGAUCAAGAGAUCGUUCACUUGAUAAAUCAAAUGAUCGUAAUAGAAGAGGAGGAGAACGUGACAGAAAGAGAGAUCAUGAUCGUGAACGUGGGGAUAGAAUGGAUAGAUACGGUGGUAAUCGUAAUAUGAGACUUCAAUCAUCUCGAAAUAGUUGGCGAAGAAGUCCACCACGUAGAAGUCCACCACGUUAUCGUCGUAGAUCACCAAGUCCAGCUGAUCGUCGUCGUCGACGUACACCAGAUCGUCGUGAUCGUCGUCGUUCACCAGAUCGUCGUAAUAGUAGACGUUUAUCACCAGAACAACGUGAUCGUUCAAAUAGAUAUGAUAGAUCAACAUCACGUGAUAGAUCAAAUCGUCGUGAUCGUUCACGUGAACGUCGUGAUAAUAGAGAUCGUAAAUCAAGAUCAAAAGAACCAAAAACAUCAUUAGAUAGAUCAAAGGAUAUUGCUAAAAAAUCACCAGAAAGAACUAAAGAUAUUAAAGAUAAACCAAAAGAUAAUAAAAAACAAGUAAUUGUUGAUGAAAAAAAUAAAGAAUUAGAUGAUGUUUUGGUACGUAAAGAAUCAAGAAAUGGAAGAUCAAAAUCAACUAGUUCAAAUAGCAGUCAAAGUAGUUCAUCUGAUAGUGAUACUGAAGAAACAUCAAUAAAAUUAGCUGAAAAUAAAUUAGCACAAGAAAAACAUGAACGUGAAUUACGUGAACAACAUGAACGUGAACAAAAUGAACGUGAACAACAAGAAAAAGAACAACGUGAACGUGAAUAUAAUGAAGAAAUGAAAAGACGUGAAUUAAAAGAACGUUUAGCUAAAGAAGAAGCAAUAAAACGUCAAGAACAAAAAAAAAUUGAUAUUGUUAAAAAUGUAUCACCAAAAAAAUUACAAACAACUUUACCAAUAACACGUCAUAGAUUUUCAAAAAGUCUUUCACGUACACCAUCACCAUUUAAAAAAACCGAGGAUAUCAUUGCUGCAGCAACAAAAACAAAAUUUAUGGCAUUAAAAGAAGUAACUAAAUCAUCAGAACCACAAAAAUCAACAACUGUUGAUACAUUUUUAAUGAAAAAAGAUCAACGUACAAUAAAAGGACAAAAAAUUCAUCAAAUUGAUGAAAAAAAAAUAACAAAAACAGCUGAAUUAUCAUCAAGUGUUAAAAAACCAAUUGAAUCAUUGAAAAAAAUUGAUAAUUCAACAGAUUCUGAUGACAGUGAUGACAGUGAUAAUGAUGAUGAUGAUGAUGAUGAUAAUAAUAAGAAAAAACAUCGUAUUGAAAAAUCAAGAAAACGUAAAAAUUCAACAGAUGAUGAAAAAUCAGAUAAAAAUAAUAGCUCAGAUUCUGAUAAUGAUAGAAAACGUAGUAAUGAUAAUUUAAAACGUGGCAAAGAUACAUCAUCAUCAUCACGUAAUAAUUUAAUUGAAGAAAAAUAUAAAGAACGUAAAGAUAUUAAAAAACGUGAUUUAAAUGAAAGUGAUUUACGUAAAAAAUUAAUGAAAAAAGAACAUGAUGAAGAUAAUGCCAAUAAAAGAAUUAAAAAAACAAGAAAAAAUUCAUCAUCUGACAAUGAUGAUGUAAAAAUAAGUAAAAAAUAUAUUAAUAAAAAUGACGAUGAUAAAUUGAGAUCUAGAAAAAUUAAAAAAGACACAAGUUCAGAUGAUGAGCCUAAAAAAUCACGUAAAAAUCGUGAUAGUUCAUCGGAUAAUGAAAAAUCAAGAUCAAGAAAAAUACAAAAUACUGAUGAUAAUGAUGAUAAUCGUCAAAAAUCUAAAAAAAUAAAAAAAGAUACAAGCUCAGAUGAUGAAGAUAUUCCUGAUAAAGAAAUGAAAAAAAAACGUAAAAUUGAUGAUAGUACUGAUGAUGAAAAAAUUAAAAAAAAACGUAAAAAAAAAUCUAAAACAAGUACUAGUAGUGAAUCAGAUGAUAGUGAAGUUGAAGAAAAAAAAAAGAAAAAAGAUAAAAAACAUAAAAAACAUAAGAAACACAAGAAACAUCGUAAACAUAAAAAAAAAAAAACAGCUGAUUCAGAAGAUACAGAUGUAAGUGAAGGUAAUAAUGAAGAAUUGGAAAAAAAAUUACGUGAAAAAGCACUGAAGUCAAUGAAAAAAGGACACAGUAUUGAUGGAAGUGACUAAAAUCUAAUUAAAUGAAGCAAAUAUUUGUCAUCAAUUUUUUAAAAAAUCAUAAAAACUACAACCAAGUUAAUUUCAAUACUUGAAUUAUAAAAUCAUAACGAUAUUAUGAAUUUCUAAUUAAAUUUAUUUAAAAAAAAAAAAAAAAGUCAAAUGAACCAACAAGAUAUCACUUGUUAAUCUUGUUUAAUUUUAUUUUGUUUUUCAAUUCAAUAAAUUGUAAAAAAAAAAAAAAACAAUUUAG